CGCUCGCAAGGAUAGUUGUGCAUUGUAGCGAAUGCAAAAGAUCUGUUUUUGAAAUAUUUAAAAAUUGAUUUUGUAUUUUUGUAUCCCGGAUCUUUUAUCUGUUGAGGUGUGAAGAACUUCAAGAUGGUGCUGGAUAUAGCUAUUGCCAGAUACGACAACACUACUCCGUUUGGGUUCAAACUCGUCGGCGGAGCGGAUUUUGAUGUUCCCCUGCAGGUCGUUAGAAUCAUACCCGGAAGCAUCGCCGAGGAGGUUGGCAUGCACAUCGGUGACGUGGUGGUGCGUAUCAACGAUAUACCAACCAAUAAUCUCUCGUACUACGAUGCCCAUCAGCUGUUGGCGUGCGCUGGGAAUCGAUUUGUGCUCGGCAUUUUAAGGGCACGAGAAGUUCCGCCCCAGCAGCGUGUGGUCAAGGAGCGUACUCCAACCGGAGAGGUCGAGUAUAUCAAUACUUGUCCGAAACCGUUCUGUGCAGCCAGCGUGCAGAGCAGAGAAGAGAGAGAAAUCGAAGAAAAGAUCCCGGAUGUACCAAUCACAGAUGAGCAGAUUGCCGAGAUCCUCUCCGGAGAAGCUGAAGUGCUUAAACAACAUAACGUAAUUGGGGUUAACUUCAAAAGACUGAUGCCCGCAUCCGAAGUGUUUAAACAGAGUGAAGUAUUCAAAACGCUCAACAACGAGAUUUUACAGGGCGAAGAGAAGAAGCGAACUACGUUUAUGCAGAAACCAUCGCGACCUCCACCGAAGACACGCGAAGAGCGAUUGCGCGAGUUGAAUCCUCCGACGGAACGCUAUCAGGUACGAAUCGUGAAACAGCCGAAACCGAAAAUCGCACCCGACUACAAGCCACCCAAAUCGCCGGAGCCAGUUCCUGAACCAGAGCCAAUACCACUGUACGACGAAUAUCUCACUGCUCGAACGGAAGCUGAGGUGGAAACAAUUAAGAUUCUAGAAGCGGAACAGCCAGCAAUGCAGAGCACAGGUAACACAGGCUACCCCGAUCCUACUUCCGAUGACCCCUACAUCGAUCCGGCUGAAAAUCCCGAUCCCAGUCCUGACACGCUUUGCAAUGAUUAUAACCUUGGCCCUGCGAUAGUAGGUGAUGCUGAUGUCCCAGUGGACGAACAGGAGGAAGAAGCAGAGACAUCGGAAGAAUUCCGUGCCCAGUUGGAGAACGUCCAGAAACAGUUGGAGGCCCUAUCGAGCCUACCUAACACGAUCCAAGCCACGAUUUCUGCGCUUACCGAGCAGUUAUCUGCUCUAGCACAACCAAAACGAAAAUCUAAAAGUGUUACCCCACGUCCUGAAGAAGGGUCAUUGACGAACGUGGUGCACAGCAGUACCGAAGCAGCAUCGGAAAUCGUUGCGGAAGUGUCGGAAACGUUUGAGGUCACCGAAUAUUGUAAAACGGAAACUGAACCCACUGAUCAGUUCGCUAGCUGCGACGAGGGAGAACACAUCGUUUUCACCGAGGAACAGUUGGAGAAAUUGAAGGAAAAAAUGAGGGAACACGACAUUGAGUGGACCGAUCGGAACGAUAAGAGUUCGGAAGAAUCAUCUCAAGGGGGUACGAACGACGGAAACACCCGGACGGCGGUUCAAGAUGAACUCAAGAUGCAGGUCGUCAAGAAGAAGAAGAGAGCCGUAAGUGCGUUCGGUCCGUUAACACCCCAGGAACGUCCCAUUUAUCUGCCGGGUGGUCGCAAAUGGCGCAACGCUAAGGACGCCUUCAACGAGCAGUUCAUCGCCGAAGUUAUCAGCUCGCAGGCCGAACUGAUCCAGGGAACUACGUUAGGGGUUAACUUCCUCAAGUACCAGAAGCCAGAGAAAGACCUUAGUUUCAUCAAAAACAGCGACGUCUACAAAUUGAUCCACGACAAGGACCCACCGAAGACGGGCAUCGAGCUGCGUCCGGAGAUGGUGCUGGCCGAGGAAGAUGUGCGGAAGGUAAUGCAUGACGAAACCAUUUUCCAACCCCGUAAAUCUCGGGUGUUCUUGUACCAAAAUUGACCUCCUCAUCUAUUUCAUCCGUCAUCCGAUCGUUGCUCACCGACAUCGACAAACUGUGAUUGGCAUCUAUUCUCACGAUUCUUCGAAAAUCCUGCACAUCUCCCCCACCGGACCUCGUGAUCUCCUGUAAAACUCGAUUUGAUUUGGACUGGCACGUGCCAAAUUCGUUCCCAAUGACCGAAACAAUAACCAUGGUUGGUAAAAAUAACUGGAUCGGAUCGAAAUCAAAACACCGCCCAUGGACAGUGUGUGUCACCGUGUUGAAACAACGGAUCAAAGUUUGUGCAUAUUGUAUACUGGCGUCGAUUGUUUUGCUAUGUUUGCCAAAAAGUGGCGAACUUAUUUUUAUAACAAACAACCUCACCAGCCGAUGGUCAGAUGAUUUUUUUCGAACCUUCUCCUACUUCCCAACUGCGCCGUGUUUGUAGAGCGUAAGAAUGUUGUUUCAGCAAGCUUUUCAAUUUCAUUACUUCAUUUCGAGAUUAGUCGAACUUUUAGCCAAUUGCAUCAUAUAACGUGUUCGAUAGACUGUAGGUCACCUUAGCAACCAACUGUAGUUAUUUUUAUCACCUAGAUUAAAUGAUGCAUUAUACUUUUAAUUUACUUAUAACAUUGAAUGAAUAUAAAACGAAUAAGUGA